CCUACUAACACAGCACUUAACAGUUUGCAAGGUGUUUCACACCCUAAUGUCAUUGCAGUCCUUGCAACAGCCCUGCCAGUGGCCACCAAUGCCCCCAUUCCCCAGGCGAGCAAGCGGAGGCUCCGCAAAGGAGCCUGCUGCUUCCUGGUCAGCGCAGCUGCUGCUGGUUUAGAACUUACAACCCCGAGGCGGCUCCGGGCUCCUCCCCGGCCGCCCCUCCUCCACGCUGCCUCUGGCUGUGCUGGCCAGGAGCCUCACCGAGACCACAGAGCUCGGUUUGGCUCCGGCCUCGUUCCUCCUCUGCUGUGAGUCUUGGGCACGUGGAGCCAGGCCCCCACGGUGGCGGCGCCGCUGACUGCCUCCCACCGACUCUCUGAGGAGAACUCAACUCUCACACGUGCCUGAACUGAGUGCCUACUGUACGCUGAGCGCUGAGUGAUACCAAACUUGAAGCAGCCAGCCAAUCAAGUAGGUGGGCACAGCCCCCCCGGAACCCUGAGCAGGCACCAUGGACUGGAAGAAGCUCCAAGAUCUAUUGAGCGGCGUGAACCAGUACUCCACGGCAUUCGGGCGCAUCUGGCUGUCAGUGGUGUUCGUCUUCCGGGUGCUGGUGUAUGUGGUGGCUGCCGAGCGUGUGUGGGGCGAUGAGCAAAAAGACUUUGACUGUAACACCAGGCAACCCGGCUGUACCAACGUGUGCUAUGACAACUUCUUCCCCAUCUCCAACAUCCGACUCUGGGCCCUGCAGCUCAUCUUCGUCACGUGUCCGUCUAUGCUGGUCAUCCUGCACGUAGCCUACCGCGAGGAACGGGAACGGAAGCAUCGCCAGAAGCACGGGGAGCAGUGUGCCAAACUGUACAGCCACCCGGGCAAGAAGCAUGGCGGCCUGUGGUGGACCUACCUGUUUAGCCUCAUCUUCAAGCUCAUCAUCGAGCUAGUCUUCCUGUAUGUUCUACACACGCUCUGGCAUGGCUUCACCAUGCCGCGUCUGGUACAAUGUGCCAGCGUGGUACCCUGCCCCAACACCGUGGAUUGCUACAUAGCUCGGCCCACGGAGAAGAAGGUCUUUACCUACUUCAUGGUAGGCGCUUCUGCCGUCUGCAUUAUUCUCACCAUCUGUGAGAUCUGCUACCUCAUCUUCCACAGGAUUAUGCGAGGCCUGAGCAAGGGCAAGUCUACAAAGAGCAUCAGCUCCCCGAAGUCCUCCAGCCGGGCCUCCACCUGUCGCUGUCACCACAAGCUGCUGGAGAGUGGCGAUCCGGAAGCGGACCCAGCGGAUGAAAAGCUGCAGGCUUCAGCACCUAGCCUGACCCCCAUUUAAACCACACGCUGGAGAAGGGGUGAAGCUGGGAGAUGCUGCAGGUGGAGGGGUCCUGGGGGUGCUGAGUGCCCCCCACUUUGAAUUCACUAAGCUAGCCAAUUCUGUUUGAAGCCGAUAUUUGUGGGUGCUGGGCUCUGUGCUACCUGGUAUAGGUAACAACAGACCCAGCUUCAGAGAGACAUUUAGAUUAGCAAAUUAACUGCAUGCAUGCAAGGGUCUACUUAGCUCAGGGCUGGUAAACAGGUCUUCUACCUACCCCAGGGGACUGCCCGGCCAGGCACCCUCUCAGAAAAGGACAAUGGAAGAAAGAAAGGAGAUGGGGGCUCUCCAACAGACUUAGCAACAGCAAAAAGAACUGAAGUCUCAGUGGAGAGGUGCUGGCUCUGAACUGGGGCCAGCCAGCCAGAGGGAGACUUUACUACUCCAGCGUGAGAAGCUGCACAGGUUCCUAUGUGGACUCUUCUAGAGGGCAAAGCGCGAGUGUGGGAAGUAGUAGCAGGUCUUGUCACAUCAACUGCUGCUUGAGACACACCCACGGGUCCCUCCGGGUCCGCCUUCGCCAACCUGCACCUUCAGGCAGCAGUACUCUUCUCCCUCCCAUCAGGGUGCUGAGCCCGCUGCACCCUGUGGCCAGGACCUUGGCGGCAUGCAUAUCCUGUCAUAUCCCCGGCAUAUAUCCUUGACAUAUCCAAGUCCGUUUCCUUAAAAGCAAUAAAGUUGUGUUUUAUACAA